AUGGCCACCCAGUCGUGCUGGGAGAAGGAGCAGCAGCCACAGCAGGGUGAGGUGCCCCCAGAGCCCAAGAGCAAGGUAGCCCCUGCCCCUGGCCAAGCCCGCGGCACCGGCAAUCCCGGUGCUUCGGUUCCCGCAGCCUCCAGCGACCCGUGUCCGCCGGGUGGCGGCGCCCCGCGCGGUGGUGCAGCAGGUUCCUCCUCCUGUGCCACGGCCUCCGCCGGCGCCAUUUCCGUCACUGCUGAGGACCCGUGGCUGCCCUCCAUGGACUGUGUGCAGGAGAGGGGGCCCUCCGACCUCCAGGGCGGCCAGAGUCCCCAUGCAGGGCCGAGCUGUGUGGUGCCUGAGGCAGGCCAAGGUAUCCAGUCCGUGCGCACGGGCAGCACGGCGGCCAUGGGGCAAGCCACGAGGGUCGCUGGCCGGGCCAGCCGGCCUCCGACCCACACCACGAGCCCAGGCGACGGCCGUGGGAGGAAGCAGCCCAGCCGCGAGGAGGCUGCCCAGGCUCAGAAGCCUCCAGAGCGCUGUCUGUUUCCUGGGGCUCCCGGGCCUCGGUGGUCUGAGCCUUUGCCGCAGUCUUCUCCAGAGUCUCAGCCCAGCAGCAGCGGCCGUUCUCGGGCUUCUCCGCGGAGUCACGCAUCCCCGCUGGGCCCUGCUCUGCGCAGCCGCACCACCGCGCCAGGCCCUGCUCUCCGCAGCC